ACGAGGGGAAGGGAGAGCCCGGAGUCAAGUCGAGCCAGAGUCAAUUCAGCCGGAGUGUCCCUGGGCCCCGGGUCCUCGCGCCGGGCGUGAACCACAGGCACCACUUUUACCUGCCUCGCUGCGGAGUUUGCUAGUUAGCAUCUCUUCUCCUAUUAGCCCUAUUCUUCACCUUAAGCACCCCCUGCGGCUAAGCCUCCGGAGCCCCUGAGCCGCGCGCAGGUGGAGCAAGCGCUCCUGCUCUCUGGCGCCCCCUGCCGGGAAGAGAGAAAUCGGUGGUGGCGGCGGCGGCGGCGAAGCAGAGCUCAGGGCGGGGAGAGCGAGCUCAGGCGCGGGGAAGAAGCCGGGAGCUUCCCUGAUGGUGCCGCCGCCUCCUUCCAGCCGAGGAGGAGCGGCCAGGGGAAGGCUGCGCAGGAGCCUGGGUCCGCUGCUGUUGCUCCUGGCGCUGGGACACACGUGGACCUACAGAGAGGAGCCGGAGGACGCCGACAGAGAAAUUUGCUCAGAAAACAAAAUCGCGACUACCAAGUACCCGUGCCUGAAGCCCUCGGGCGAGCUCACCACGUGCUUCAGGAAAAAGUGCUGCAAAGGGUAUAAGUUUGUUCUUGGACAAUGCAUCCCAGAAGAUUAUGAUGUUUGUGCCGAGGCUCCCUGUGAACAGCAGUGCACAGAUAACUUUGGUCGAGUACUGUGUACUUGUUACCCAGGAUACCGAUAUGACCGGGAAAGACACCGAAAGCGGGAGAAGCCAUACUGCCUGGACAUUGAUGAGUGUGCCACCAGCAACCAGACCCUGUGUGCACACGUCUGCAUCAACACUGUGGGCAGCUUCCGCUGUGCGUGCCGGGAGGGCUACAUCCUCAUGGAGGAUGGGAAGACGUGCACCAGGGGUGACAAAUACCCCAACGACACUGGGCACGAGGAGAAGGCUGAGAACAUGGGGAAAGCUGGGACUUGCUGUGCCACAUGUAAGGAAUUCCACCAGAUGAAGCAGACAGUGCUGCAGCUGAAACAGAAGAUCGCCUUGCUCCCCAACAAUGCUGCUGAACUGAGCAAGUACAUCACUGGCAACAAGGUUCUGGCCUCAAAUGCCUACCUUCCAGGACCUCCUGGCCUACCUGGGGGCCAGGGUCCACCUGGCUCACCAGGACCAAAGGGGAGCCCAGGCUUCCCUGGUAUGCCAGGCCCUCCUGGGCAGCCUGGCCCUCGGGGCUCAAUGGGACCCAUGGGACCAUCUCCUGACCUAUCCCACAUUAAGCAAGGCCGGAGGGGCCCCGUGGGUCCACCAGGCGCACCAGGAAGGGAUGGCUCUAAGGGGGAGAGAGGAGCACCUGGGCCCAGAGGGUCUCCUGGACCACCAGGCUCUUUCGACUUCCUGCUCCUUAUGCUGGCUGACAUCCGCAAUGACAUUGCUGAGCUGCAGGAAAAGGUGUUCGGACACCGGACUCACUCUUCAACAGAGGAGUUCCCUUUACCUCAGGAAUUUUCCAGCUAUCCAGAGACCAUGGACUUCAGCUCUGGAGAUGACUAUCCAGGAAGAACUGAAGCAAGAGACUUGGGAGCCCCCAGAGACUUUCACCCCUAGCACGUUCCACAUGUUCACACCAGUGGAAAAGAGGAGCACCUUUGCCUGCAAUUAAAGCAUCUAAAGAAAAAGUUACUGGAGAUCUAGAAAGGAACAUUUCAUUUCCUUGACUUUUUUCCUGCCUUCUCACUGCUCUUCUUCUAAGUGUUGUUUUCAGAGUGCCCUACUAAAGACAGAAGGGAGGAAAUAAUGAAUGUAUGCAAUGUUCGCAGGAAGUCCGUUGGGUAGUCUGCAUUGGGACUUUUCUUUGAUAUCCUAAUUUUUCAGGAGCUUCUGGAUUUCUGAGCUAAGUACUCUUGCCACAUCUUAAAAUUGGGCACAUGACCAAAAAAAAAGGAAAGAUGGCAAGGAGAGUUCUAAGAAAGCUUGAGGCUAACUUCUUUUUUUAAAAAAAGUGUCAUAUUUGACACAAAAAGAUUGUGUUCCUCCUCUUGUAUCCAAAUUAGAGCUCUUUCGUUAAAAGGAGUGAAGAGCUAUAAAGAUCACCUUAAUGGAUAAUUCUUUUUCCUUGUCAGUCUACUAGGUUUUACAUAUUCCAUCCUGUUAUCAAACCUCAUUUCCCAAAUUUACUUAGAGAAAGGAGAGAAUUAAGUAGUGGAGAUUGGGAAAAUAUAGAAUUACAGCUGUAUAUUUAUUGCCAAAUAGGUUGUUACAUUUUAAAAUUCAUAUACAAUUAAGCUAAGUGUUCAGGCCAUGCUUAUCUAUAAGAACCCUUCAUGGAGAAGUUCUUUUACCUGUAGGAAUAAAUCCUCUUUUUCAAAGAUAGGAAGGGAGUGAAAUUCCCCAGUUCAUAUUAAAACAGUGGACUCCAGGUUAUUUUAAAGCUAAUUCAUCAAAAGCAUGGUCCUGCUCUGUAAAUCACAAGUUAUUUGUUAAAUAAGGUGGCUGAUCCUUGGGAAGAAGUGCAGAAUUCCCUGCUCUGAUCAAGUGCCCAGUGGUGCCACUGGGCCAUAAUUCAGGCCAGUGAAUGUGCAGUGAAUUGGAAAGAGGUUGCUGGCAUGGGCGAUUGGCAGAGGAGCAGGAGAACGCUGGGCAAGGACCCCUGUGAAAACAACUUGGCAGAGGCAGGUAAAUUUGCUUUAUUUGGGCAUUAGAAGUCUUUGUCUGGAGCCAGCAAGCUUGCCAGAAUACUGGGAAUAAUACACUGUUGAGAGUUCUCUUUUAUGGAGGGAGGGAAAUGGUUUUCUUUGCUUGGCAAAAAUUUUCUUUCCAAACUCUAAUUUUUCCUUAAUUUAUUCCGAAUUCCAGGUCUUUCAGACUUUCUCCUUGAUUUUUCUCUCACUAAUGUGGGAAGUUCAGAAAAGAAGGUACAUUUCCACACCUGUCAUGGAGUUACUGUGUCUCCUCAGAGCUCCUCUUGGGCUCAGAGGGAAGCAUAUUCCCUUCAUAGCUUUUUUUUUAGAAUUCGCAGACUCCAGGAACGGGUGGCCAGUCAUGGGACCUGCUCCUCUAUAUUGUUGGGGUUUCUUGGUUCAGUGGCUUCUUUCAGAUUUUGAGGGGUCCACUUUCUCCCUGGACACAGAAGAGCUUCUUAUCUUCCUGUUCAAAGGAUCUGAACCCUUACACUGAGCUUCACACAUAAUCCCCACACUGCCACAUCAGGGUCUCUCUUUCUCUUCCUACAACAUCCCUUCAUGUUUCUCAGAGGUUUGUACUUGACAUUUUUCCAUAUCCUUUGAACCUAAGUCAUUUGUGUUGGAAGAAAACCACCAUUGUUGAGUUAGUAUGCCACUUUCAGUCUUCUUCCUAAAGAACAAGAGGAUAGUGUCGUCUAAAUCUCCAUAGCACCCAGCUUCCUUCCUUCCAUCCUGCCAAGUUAGAAGUGUAUGUGGUUAGGUCUUUUAUGAACCCUUGGCUCCAAUCUGUCAUAAUCACGGCAGAUCCCCAGUGACUGACUGCCAGCAUUUGAAGUCGAAGGCAAACACAUCAGAAGUGCUUGUUUUUUUUGUCAUCCCCUGUCCCCUCAGUCUCUCCAAAAUCUAAUCUUCACAGAUAGCUUCGCCAGCCACAGGUUAUGGAGAGAUGGGUGCAAUAGCUAUUGAGUCCCAUUUGGGACAUUUAAGGUCUGCCUACUUGUGCAGCACAAUAUGUAAAGUGUGUGGAUGGAUGAAUGCUCAAAAAGAAACCUGCACGGGCUCCAUGAGAGAUGAUUAUGUCCACCUUUAAUUUUUGUAAAUGAGCCUUUUGCUUUUUCUUGACUGUAAACUGUGUUUAGAAAUAUAAUCUCUAUUGUCAAAUGCUAAUAAAAUGCAAGCAAACUGCAUGUUUGGCCAGAGGCUAAGAAAAUAUAUCAAAAGAAAGAGCUAAAAGUAAAAAUAUCUGGGAUUCAUGAGAUUAAUUUAGAUAAUAAUCUCCAGCAAAACACAAUAACAUGUAUUUUAUAAUCUUAAUGUGCUGUACCAGAUCAAUUUAGAAUAUUAAUCCUCAGCUUUUCAAAACCUGGACUACUGCAAGAACUAAGUAUGUACUCUAUAUGCCCAGAUUAUAUAUUUCAAAGAUAAAACAUCAUAUGACAUUGUUAUUUCUAAUAUAGCUUUUAAUUAUGUAUGCAAACCCAAAGCUUCACUGUCUAAAUAAGACUUAUGCUCAAGGAAGAAUGGAAAAGCCUUUUUUUAGGGAGAGGAGUUAAAAUUUGCCACAGUUUUCUGAAAUCACUACAUAUUUCAUGGACAAGAAAGACCUUUGUACACUUCCUUGACCCUUUAGUAAAAAUGUUGACAUCAAAUUUUUGCAAGCAAUGGUAAUAAAACUCUGCUGUUGAAAAUAGUAAGGAGGGCAUGUGUUUUAGUUUAGGAAAACCCUUCCCUUCACAGUUCCAGAUGGAGAAAUUAAAAGCUUUAUGUGCCAAAAUAGGAAUUUGGGCAUUGGGGACACAAAGAGGAAGCUACCUUUUUUCACUUCCUGUGUUAAUUCCCAACACCUGCCUCAGAAUUGGUUGACCAAAGAAAUUUCACUGUAAACUAAGAUGAAAAAUAUGUCCAUAGCCCAACACAUAAAUAAUGAAUGCUCUUUGGCAUUAAAGGAAAGGAAGCAAGGAGUAUAACCCCACCAAAUAUCAGGUGCAGAAUAGUACUUGGCUGGUUGUGUUCCCUUUCUGAGGUUCCCACCCACCUUGGCUUUGCCUUGGAAUAAUCAUCACAGUCAGGCAGGAAAAGACUUUCUCCAUAACCAGGCACCAGGCUUCACCUUGGGUUUUCCCACAACACAUCGUAUUUUGUCCCUCACUUUCCUCACGCAUGCAUGCUGCCCCACAGGGACAGCUACCACAACCUCAUUCUGCAAGCUUAUCAACCGGGAACCUUCCUGAAGUUAUUUGCAGGAUUCUGGGCCACAAAAUUAGUAGAAUAAAGCCAUCUAAAGUUAUUCAUCAUGAAUUCAGGGAAAUUGAUGAAUUUUUUCCUGGCAUAGUCAGUAUGUGUGUUUUGUAACAAGUCAAAAAUAGUUUUCCAUUUGGAAAAAAGCACAAUAUAGUGACCAUCAUUGUUAAAGCAUAAAAUCAUGGACCUUACAUAGUCCUUUUACAAAUGUUGCCACUUUAGACAAAUCAUAGAAAAGGACCCUUUUACAAUAUAUCCCUCAGAGAUCUCAACAUUGCCAGAUUCCCAAAGCAAGGAGUCUGAGGAAUUCCAUGUGUGUUGUAAGAUUGUUUUUACUUCCCAGUAACUAGUUUAUACUUUAAUAGCUCUGUUCAUUAUUUAUAACAGGUCAUAUAACA